AUGUCAUUUUGGCCAUUCACAAACGCAUUGAGUAGCAACAACGUGCUACAGAAAUUUAUAGACUCCAUCCAGGACUUCAGUGCAGUGCAAGUUGACGACUUCCUAGCGGAUCCCAUACUUCUGCAGGAACUCUUGAAUGAGCUUAACAACGUCAAGGGGAACUACAAUUCCAAAUCCGGAUCAAACUUCCAGUUCCUGCAAUUGAACUCGAAUGAGCCCCAGGAUGCAACUAAUAAAGCAAAUGCAGGUUUGGACAAUGCAUCUUUGGGCUCAUCAUCUACCAACGAACCUACAACCACAGGAACCAAGGAAAGCAAGGGUACCAAACUAAUAGAGCUCUUGAUCCAACCUCAUAUUUUGAGUGGAUUGAUUGAAUAUUUAAUAAAAAGCGUUGAUUUCUUUCAUGAACAGAGUCUCAAGGAAGAGGAUAACUUGAAGAAGCUAUUAUCUGAAAACGGAUCAAAGAUAGAUGUGGAUGAAGUGGAUGAACUUGACGAGGAUAAGAAAGAGGAAGAGGACGAGGAUGAAACUCCCGAUGAAAAGUUCCGCCGUUGUGUUCAAACGGCAUCUGAUGUAUUAUCUAUAGACUUGUGGAUCAUUCUGAAUAGAAUUAUAGAAACUCCGGCCAUCAUGAGUAAAUUAUGGCUGAUUUUACAAAUGGACCAUUUGCAAGAAAAUUCCCCCACGGUGGCGUUUUUGGUUCGUAUUUUGGAUCAAUUGAUGGACACCAAUAGUAUAGAAUUGUUGAACUUCGUUAGAAGACAGAAGGAUUUGGUUGAUUCGUUUCUCGGGAAAAUCGAAAUACCCAUGUUGAUGGAUUUCUUUUUCCGAGUUAUCCAAACCGACAAGGCCGAUUCUCCUACUGGUAUAUUGGAAACAAUCGCUCUGCAAGAUAUAAUCAUCAAAUUGAUAGAAAUACUAAAACCACAGCCUUCUCAGUUUGCUCAAGAGUAUAACAUACCCAAUCAUGAUUUAUUUUUCAAGCAAACCGCAGCCACCGAUUUCUUGAAAGCAUUGGUGACAAUUUCGUCCAAUGCUGCUUUGGCAGUUGUGUUGGAGACAAAUAUAGGCCCAAAUCAAUUGACUCGAGAAUUGGUGUCACCCAAGAUCAUCAACACCAUGAUUUCCGAGAUUAUGUUGGUUAAGGUCAAAGAUGAAAACGGUAAAAUGCAAACCAACAAGCAUGGUAUUAACAAUUGUGUUAGUAUCAUCAUAGAAUUAAUUCGAAAGAACAAUUCCGAUUAUGAUCUCAAUUGUGGCAGUUAUAGUUCCUUACUUCAAAAUGGAGAAGGCGGACCAGGGGAAAUUAAUGCAUAUGUUAUGUUUCAAUGGUUGAAAGAUUUUGAACAAAACCCUCCAGGACCAAGAGAUCCAAUAUAUUUAGGAGAUAUGUUGUCGAUAUUUUCCGACAAUUUAGAAAAGUUUGAAGAAUUGGUCAAGAUGGAACCAAUCCCCCCACAAAAUGUUAAGACGGAGAUAUUGGGAUUUACCAGAUUCAAGGUGUCUGAAUUAGUAGCGGAAUUAUUACACUGUUCCAAUAUGAUUUUACUUAAUUCAAAAAAGAUUCGGAAAAUUAUUAGCAUAAGAGAUCAAGUAAGAUUGCAACAACACAAACGCUUGAAAAAGGCCUUAGAUGAUCCAAUUUCGUUUCCUGAAACCGACGAUAUGGCCAUGCAUGACGUUACGACUAGCUUGGAUGAUGUUUCGCUUGAUGACAUCCAUUUUGAACUGGAUCAACUUGAUAAAAAUAGUGAUUAUAAAAAACUCAUUGAAUCAUUGGAAAAUGCCGAUGAUUCCGAGGAUGAAGAACCAUCCAUAUCACCUGAGAAUCCAUUUGUAUGUACCGAAAGAGAUACCACAAUAAGACUGAAUCCAUGUGUUGGUGAUUAUUUUAAAAUUAAGUUGAUUGAUCUGGGAAUCUUGCUUGAAAUCGUCACCAUGUUCACCAAAUAUCCCUGGAAUAACUUCUUUCAUAAUGUUGUGUUUGACUUAAUUCAACAGAUAUUCAAUGGGAAACUCAAUUCGUAUAAUUCUUUCCUAAUUGUUGAGCUUUUCAAGGAAAACAAGUGUGAUUUGACUGAUCUCAUAGUUUCUGCAUAUAAACAAGACAACAAGCCUAGACCAGGAUACAUGGGGCAUCUCAUAUUAGUCAGUGAAGAAGUGGUCAAGUUUACUUCGUUAUACAAGCCUGAUUUAAUUUCGCCCAUUAUUGUCAAGGCUAUCCAAUCCGAUGGAUGGACUUGGUUCAUUAAUGAUAUUUUGUUAAAAACUAGAGAAGUGUAUAAUGUGAUCUUAGGAGCCGAGCAAGAAGAGGACGACGAGACGCAAGAAUAUGGAUUUGAUUCUUCUACGGUGGGAUACUUGGACAUGGAGGAUCAACCUAAAAAGGCAAUUAUAUUAGGAGAUGCUACAAACCAUGAUGCAUUCAUUCAGGAGACACCUGAGGAUGAAGAUGAUGUCAUGGGAAUCCCUGAGAUUGAAGGUUCCAAAGAUGCAAACACCGACAAUAAAGAAGGCAGCGAGUAUGCUGACACAUAUCAAGAAAACGAUUUUUUAGAUAAUUUAUCCGACUCGAGUUCAGACGAAGAAGAAACAGAAGAGCACGAUAACGAAUUGAGAAGAGUACCUAAGCACAGUCACUAA